AUGCCUGCCAUACGAACCAAUGUUAAUGUCCGUCGCCCCACUUCUCCGGCAAGUGGGGGAGGGAGUGCUGUGCAUGCCGUGCGAAGCAGGCGAUUAGCCAAAUCCAUCAACUUUGGGAACAUCAUGAGUGCUGAGGAGGCAGCAAGCUUUGAAGAGGAGCUCUUCGAGCUUCCUGACUUUGUCACCGAUGGCUUUGACCCGCACCUUCUGGGUCGAUUGAAAGCAGCUGAAGGGUCUAUGCUUGCCGCCAAAGCGCGGGUCGGAGCGUUGAAGACGAUUACUGCAGCUGAUGCUGAAGAGCUUUGCAACAUGCUAGGCCUCAGCGUCGCGAUGCGAAUUGAAAAGUCCAAGGCAAAGAAGUCGGAUCUACUUCACGACUUGGAAGCCCGGCCUGACAGCCUCGAUCUGGAGGGCUUCGUGCUCUUAUCGGGACCGCUGAUGGGUUUGCCACUGCCCGCCCUACGAUUAGUUCCUGAUGAGGACCAGUCCCCUCUGAGCCUCGAAGAGAUGCUCGAGUAUCCCGAAGCCGAGGCAAUCUUCAAGAGAUUAGCCUUGGACGAACAUGGACGCUUGCCAAGCAAAGUCUUGGCCACAGAGCUGGCAACGCCCUCCUCCGAAGUGUCUACCUUCUUUGCGGAGAGGGCCAUGGAAUGUUCGCAGCCAAUGAAGAGCCGGGCGAAGCUUGUCGGGCUCGUAACUUGGCGGAUCGAGCGUGAUGAUGCAUUGGGCACGCUCUUCUUCACAUUUUUGCUGCUGCUUGUCCUGUACUUCUUGGUGCAGGAAAACCUGAUGAUCCACAGCCGCCAAAAGGCGGAAAGUGGAGUCGCGCAGUACUUAUCUUCCUUUGGUGGCAGUCUAAACGGACCGUUCCUACAAGAGCAUGUUGCAGAUGUGGCUUCCUUUUGGAACUGGGCGCAUCAUUCUGGGCUUCCGGCCAUCCUUGGAAUGCCGGUCAUAGAUCGUUUUGGACAGAGACGGCUGCAUGUGGCAGGAUUCAACGUGCUUCUGGGUGGGAGUGAUGUGAUGUUGUCGCACACCGCCCAGGAUGGAGCUGUAUCCACCAAGUGGCUGUUGCACACAGACACGGCACAGGACUACCUCGCCAACUACACCGGGGACUACCUGGGGGCUGCCAGGGCUGCUGUGCAAAUGCUUCGGAGAACGGACUCCGACUUGAACGACCCCUAUUCUGAGGAGAUCGCCCUUAGCUUCAACCUACACAAUGCUCCGGCCAGCAUGUUCUUGAACAUCCAGGUGCGCUCGCGCUUCUUCCGGACAGGGGAUAUUGAUGUGCGGAUACAGCCAAGUGCUUGCAUGGACAGUGCUGAGCUUUCUGCAACCCAAGCGGUGCUGGACAUCCUCCUUGUGGUGCUCAUCAGCUGGCUCGCCCUGGCGGAAGCCAAGGAUGCCUUUGCGGCUCUGAUGCACGGCUGCCGAGCCUUCACCUCCUACAUUGGCUUCUGGAAUACUGUCGACUGGGCUUGUAUUGGUUUGGCCAUAGUGACAGCCUGCAUUUGGGUACUUACUGGCCUGCGAAUUGAUUCUGAAAACCUGCAGUUCGCUCGUCAGGAGGGCUUUGACCCAAUGGCUUCAGACGAGGAGCAGCUUAGUGUGAUGCAGGAAGAGCUCCUGAAUAUCCAGAACUGGCUGCUCUCCGUCCGAGUGCUGACAUGCUUGCUGACCCUAACGGUAAUCAUGAAGUUCUUCAAAGGAUUCCGGGCGAAUCCGAGACUGCAAAUUGUAGCAGAUGCCUUGAUGAACAGUGCCAACAACAUAGCACACUUCUUCAUGAUCUUCUGGACCUUGUUUUCCUGCUUUGCCGUGAUUGCACAUGUCUUGUUUGGCAACGACAUCGUAGAGUUUGCUUCCUUGGGCAACAGCCUGGAGGCCUCGAUGAGCACCCUCAUGGGGGAGUUUGAGUGGUAUGUGCGUGCCUCAAGCGUGAAGUCGGGUCUGAUGAGCUCAGGAAUGCCCAUUCUUGCCGUGCAUCUUUGGUUCGUCGUUUACAUCUGCUUCGCUCUUCUGGUGCUCUUCAACAUGCUUCUUGCUAUGGUUCUGGACAGUUAUGCAGCAGCGGCGCAGGUGUUGACAAAAAGGGCCGAUGCACCAACAAUCAUCCUUCAGACGUGGAGAUAUUUCCAGCGCUGGAAAGAGACGCUUCGCUUUGUGCCGCUCCGGCACCUGGCCAAUCAACUCUACGACUUGGACUGCCACCGGCAGAAGGUUGUGACAACAAGCUCGUUGCAGGAGGCAUUCCCCUCGAUGAAGCAAAAGCAGGCUGAGUGGGUGAUGCGCACGCUCUUCCAAGAAGAUAAGCGGGCGAAAGCCACGCAGAAGGCUCUGGAGGGCCAAGACCAGAGGCAUUUCUUCACCCAGGAGGGUCCAGACCCGAGCUCCAUCGCCUCAGCGUGCCUUCCGGCAUUCAAAGCAGCUGCAGAGAGCUCCUCGGCAGAGCUUCUGACACGGCUGAGCGUGCUUGAGGCGAAGAUUGACGCCUUCUACGGACAUGCUGGCCUGAUGAAGGAGAAGUCCUACGAGAGUGCUCUUGGCACAGUGGCCAAGGAGGUCGAGUCUGGAGUGACACGACCGGAGGUGAUGUGCUGCACCGUACCCGGCGAAGCACGUCUGUCAGUGUGA